ACUCCGACAACUCAGCUCACAACCACAUCACUCCUCAGCAUGGGCACUCGGAAUCAGCACGACCAUGGACUCCAAUCCAAUAAGCAUAACUACACUCGACUCUAUCAGGUCAUCCUUCGGAGGCGAACAUAUCACUUUUGCCUGAUUAGUUAUCUGCUAAGUAACAUCGUGUUAUGGUUUGUUAUGUUGGAUGGUUUACCCGCGCUCUGGAAUGGGCUUCGGAUAACUACUUGGAUCAUGGGCGGAGCUAAUUGGGCAAGUGCAACUAUCCCGCUGAUGACGUUGAGGAGAUUGCAGCUUACAGCAUCUAGCUUAUACGCCCCCAAUCGAUAUGCAAAAUUCUGGGCGGUAUUGAAAUCUACAGAAUUUAUCACGUCAACGCUGUUUUGCUCCAUCAGUGGCUCCUUGCUCUGCUUGACUUACGUGUCGGCUGCGUUGGCUUUGAAUGAAAACCCUGAGUUGGGUCUUUUUAAAAGCGUACCAGGACGAGGAGUCACUCAAAUCAGCGAGCGACCAAUAUUCCUACUGGCAUCUUGCUGGUACACUGCGCUGUGUUAUUCCUUCUCUGCCAUUUAUCAUGGUAAAUGGCAUUACCGCCCUUUCGAUGUGUCAGAGCAUCUCACGAUUCCACAAAGAAUCUGGAAUUCGCUGGACUCGCGAAUUGAAUUCGUCCGGAGAUCGAUCAUAUAUUGUUCUGCCACGUUUUUACCGAUUUAUCUCAUUUCCCGAAGAUAUCUCAUCAGGGCGAUCGUCUUUUCCAAGUACACACAGUUAACUAAACACAUCAAGCCGCAUAUGGUGAUGCUCAUCAAGUUCGACUCGGUCUUCACGUUGACGUCUACUAUCAGGCUGGUGAUGAUUAAUGUGUUAUUAAUUUCUAUGUGGGAAAUCGUACAAGCGCUGUGGGACGUAUAUUCGACCCACCCACUUGAUCUAUCUCGGUUUGACACGGAACCAAACCAGUGCUUGUUGGAAGGAAUCCGAUCCACCGAUCCUCGUGUGCAAAAUUACGCGAUCCGAGAGCUCGCCCAUAUAUCGUGGAGUGACCCUGCGCGCCGAUCCACGAUUUUCAAGGAUAUCAGAGCAUCUCCUCGGCUAUUGAAUUUGAUCAUUGAAGAAUGUCUGAACAUCAUCGACACCACUAGAGCAACGAUCGAAUCUGGAGGACAACCGAUUCAGAAGAUCUCGGCUGCCCAAACCUCUGUGGGGCCUCAUAGACCUUCGCCCGGUACACAUUCAGCCGUAAAGACCGACUUGCCACAGCUUUUCAACACAAGCUCCCAUCCUAACUCAAUGAAGCAGGUGUUCUUGAGAAAGCUCCUUUCGAGUGAAAGUGGCCAAGAACCAACAGCACCCGGCUCCACUACAUUCCAGCCGUCUGCCACUUCGUUGAAAAAGGAGAAAACCGAGUCCGAUUAUCAGAUUCCAGAUAUCUUCCUGCGAGACCAGAGUCGGAAACUUGCGAGUAAAUCAACGUCUGACCUUUCCACCGGUGAUAAUUUGAAGCCUUCCCCAUCCCCACAAUCCUCAACAAAAGCGUUGCAGAGCUCUACUCCUCAGAAGCGGGAGAAGAUUGUACCGAAGAUCUGGAAGAUUUUUCUUCACAGUCCUCUCCUGAAGUCCUCAGAAGCUGGCUCGCGAUUAGAGGACUGGUUGUUUUCUCCUUCCAUGACUGAUGAGCUUGAGAAAUGUCUCUCCAAGCGCCAGCUGUGCAUGUUUUCUGUUGAGGCUGUAACGAACUUCACCUGCGCGUCGUUGACAGAAGACCAGUAUGGAGUACUUCAAGACCAAAUUCCGCGGAUCAUGGAGAGUCUGGUCGACUGCUUUGAUGCACUCGAUCGGCUUCGCAUAAAUACCUGUGCGGAGUUCGGUGUGCAGCCUCCUCCCGUGCAAGCCACUGCGCCUGCUUCCUCCGAGUUGGACCCAGUCCAGAUUCACUUCCAUUUGACUCUCGACGAGCACCUACAUCCCUUAUUAACCCGUCUGAAGGCUGGGAUCUUUGGAAUCACCGAUCAGUUCAAACCGUUCUUGAAAGAAAUGUCGUUCAGUCCGAAGAUUGACCAAUGGAUUCAAUCCCAUUCGCGAUGAUAAAUUCUUCUGGACCAAAUAGAACGGUCCGUCAUAGUCUUUUCCAAAAUAAGACCAGACGCGACCCGAGGAUUGGAAAAAACUCUAACGGGAAACUGUUAGAAUGAUACACAAACUAGCCAUACACACCGCCAUGUAGAUGAACCUUUGUUCGUACAUUCUCUGAUUGUCUAAAAUGCUCUCGCCGUGUGUUUGAUUCUUCAAUAUAAGCAAGACAAGCUAUAUCUUAAACUUCAAAUGAAACGGAAAUAAAUGGGCAGGUACUCUAUACACAUGAU